AUGAAUGGAGGUCCUUCCGGUUUCAAUAACGCUCCGGUCACGAGAGCCUGUGUCAUCACUUGCGCCCUUUUCACUGUGUUCUUCGGGAUCCGUGGAGGUUCUUCCAAGCUCAGCUUGUCUUACCAGGAUCUUUUUGAGUUUCGGUUAUGGAAGUCAAUCUUAUGGGCUUUUGCGUUCUCGUCCGCAUCAGAACUGUUGUUUGGCUUGUAUUUGAUGUACUACUUCCGACUCUUUGAGAGACAGAUUGGUUCAAAUAAGUAUUGGAUUUCCAUCUUCUUCUCCGGGUCUGUAACACUUAUUCUAGAGAUCAUCAUGUUAUCACUGUUUAAAGGAAACCUAGUGACAUCUGGACCGUACGCCCUCAUAUUUGCAUCUUUUGUACCCUUCUACUUGGACAUUCCAGUUUUAAAGAGGUUUCGUGUACUUGGCAUCAACUUCUCUGAUAAAUCAUUCAUAUAUCUUGCAGGUCUCCAGCUUUUACUAUCAUCUUGGAAAAGAUCCAUCAUUCCUGGAAUUUGCGGAAUAAUUGCUGGUUCCUUGUAUCGGUUAAACAUCUUUGGUAUCCGCAAGGCAAAGCUCCCCGACUUCAUGGCUUCGUUAUUUUCCAGCCAUUCUCAAGCACCAAGAAUGACAACGCCCAACUUAGGUCGCCAAGCAGUGAGAUCUUACCGUGCUCCAGUGCCGUCUUCAAGUAUUGAGCCAUCUGAGGAAGCCAUAGCUACUCUAGUAUCUAUGGGAUUUGACCAGAACGCAGCGAGACAGGCUCUUGUACACGCCAGAAAUGAUGUCAACUCAGCCACCAACAUCCUUCUUGAAGCACACUCUCACUAA